UCUCCCCGCAAACUCCACCUCCUCCCGUGUCCCGGCCAAGAAGCAGCUAGUGAAAAGGAAACCCACCGAGACCGAGGCAAGAAAUGGAGGACUACUACUACUUCCCCGCCUCCUUGGAGACGCGCAACCCGAGCUCGCCAUCUCCGAGGCCUCGUCGCGCGCCCCGCGAUGGAGACGACGCCGGCGAGCUCCGCCAGCACUACCUCGACGCCUGCUUCCGGUGCAGGUGGCUGCUUGGCGGGAACAGGGACAUCUUCAUGUACAGGGGCGACACCCCGUUCUGCAGCGAGGAGUGCAGGCAGCAGCAGAUCGAGACCGACGAGGCGAGGGAGAAGAGGUCCAAGCAGCCCGCCGCGAGGAAGGAACAGCGGCGGAGCAGCAGCCCGCAGAGCAUCCCCGUCUGGGCUCGGUAAAUGCCUCGAUCGUUCGAACGGCAUCCUAAACACUGCUACGAGUCAACGACGAUACAUGAACUUCAAAAGUGCACAUGAAUUGAUUCGUGCAUGCAUGGCGCCUCAAGUUUGUGGCAUGCAUGUGGCCUCCAGUUACUUUGUUGGUUGCCAACGAACAAGCGCGAGAGGCAGCCUGACCGGAAUCGGUUCGUCCCUAUUGUCUUGAAAAAAACCGGUCGGGUCGACCGGUUGCAGUUCUGGAUUACAGCCUCAGUACAGGGCUUUUGUCAAGCUCGUACGUGCAACUGGUAUUUGUGUGUGUUUUUGCGUGCGAUUGGCAUGUGAUCCGAUAUUCCUGUAUGCUGGAUGAAAGAAAUGGCAAGACAACUGCUGUGGCCUUUUCUCA